ACUACGUUGCUCAGAGGUGUGAAAAAUCCAGCGUAGUCAGCGCUAGGUUGACGGGAGAAUUCUCCUGUUGACCUAGCUACCAUCUCUCAGGGAGGUGGAUUACGUACAUUAAUGGGAGAACCCCUCCCAUUGGCAUAGUUAGUGUCUUCACUGAAGAGCUACAGCUGCGCCACUGCAGUGUUUUAAGUGUAGACAAGCUCUAAAUAUCACUAAGCCAGGUCUCUGGCAGCUGCCCCUCUGUUGGAAAUCUAUAGGUAGUGUGUGCUGGGCCUCGUGGAAGGAAAACUCUGGCUAAUAGGGUGAAAACCUCAUUACAGAGGAAAUCCCACUCAGAACUAAUGCAAAAGACAGUGCCACUGCUGUCCUGUCCCCAGACUGCUUAAGGGUUAGAUGAGCACCAUUGCUUUGUAGUGCUCUGUGGUGAAGGCAAGGGUGAGCGCAAACAAGCAGCUAUUGAAUCAAUUGUAACCACCCCUCCUCUCUUUGUUUUGGUUUCAUUCCACAGUUUCACUGCUUUAUUUCAAUUAUUUUUUCCCCUUUCGUCCACUUAGGGUGAUUGUAGCACGAGGCACAGCUGAAGAGAUGCUGAGCCAGUUACCGAGGAGUUUACAAAGUUCUUUUGAUUUAAAGAUUACUCUUUACAAUUAAAUCAAGCAAAGCUCCAUCCCAUUCUCCACUAGAGGCCCAGGCAAGACGCUUCUCCUCCAUAUGGUCUGUGUUUAGCCUUAUAUAAUAAUUCAAGGGCAUGACAGUAGCUGCUCCCUGGGAUUUCCCUCUUGACCUCUUCCCUGCAGGCUCUGCUUCAGCACCUCCUUCGGCACCUACAGUAGUGAAUGGGUCAGCACUGCAUUGCAAAUGGGACACCAAACACUGUCUUCAGUUUCCAUGGACUGAACCUCUUCUGCCCCAGUAAGGGUAGUUUGAACGUGCUGUGCAGUUCCUCUCUUCAUUAAAGGGCUCUGAUCUUGGAGCGGCUCCUUUUCCCUUUGCUACAUAAAGGCUUUGGGUCUCCCUCCCAGUCGCUCAUGGGAGAACCAAGGUCUUGGGGUCUCCCAUGGCUUUACACCAAGAUUUCUACCAGUGAAAGACAGCUAUAAAUGGGUUCUUCCCCAGGGUGAUGUGGCUUCAUUUCAGCUGAGCCAAAGCCAUGCUGAUGAAUCUAGUUUUGAAACUCCUGGCACCUGUGAACAAGGGGUCUUACUUAGCUAGAAAAGGGAUUGCGCAGUCCCAGCCUCAAAUCCAGGAAGAGGCCACGCUUGUGCCCUCACAGAAGGCAAGAGUUCAGCCUUGGACUUGGCUGUUACUGAAUUGUUCCCGCAUCCCUUUGCUGUGAGGUGAACUGAGGGCAAAGAACUUCUGGAAGCCAGUCUUCAUUAGUUGCUGUUAGGUGCUCAUGGCAGGGCAGAGCCUUUUUCAGUAAAGGCAUAUUGGUCGUCACUGGAUCUCUGUGUUUAUUCCCAUCAGUGAUGAUCUUUGCUGUCCAUCCUCCUGCACUGGCUGCACUCAGCGCUAGCAGGUAUAGAGUCUUAGAUAUGAAAAAGUUGUAAUAGGUUUCUUCCAGCCUCAUUCCUGGAGCCAGGGCAGGGACAGAAUAGUCUAGUCUCAUUCUAACUGUCCCCAGUGAUGGGGCUCCUAGCCGUUUCCUGGAGAGAGGAUUCCACAGCUUCAUACGCUUUACUCUCAGGAUAAUUUUUCUUGUAUUUGGACAAUGUUUCUCUCUUUGAAUCCAUCCCAUUCCUUUGUUCUACCCCAUUGGCAUCAUCUCCCUCUCUGACUGGAGCAUGCUCCCUUUCAUGCCCGUUGAUUAAUGUUAUUUAGACCACAUCUACACUACAACACUUUGGUUAUCUCAAUUUACAUCGCCAUAAAGCUGCCACAGAUAGUAUAUUGCUCGUGCAUGUGUGGCUCCUUGCACCUGUGCUGUGUGUACUCACCAGGAGUGCUUGGGGCAAUGCACGGGGCAAUGCACCAUGAGUAGGUAUCCCAGUGUGCAACCUGCCACCAUCCAGCACAGUGUUUCGAGAAGUUUUGGCAAGGCAUGGUGGGGUAGAAACAGGUUGUGCAGGGGUGACUGGGUGCAAGAGAUCAGGUUCCCCGUGUGCAACUGUCUCCAUCCGAUAAUGUCAUCUGUGCCCCAUAAUUUUCACACUUUUGUUAAAAAGCCCACAUACCCAUGCAGUCCUCUCAGUCCACUAUCUCUGACAGAAGCAUGGAGCCUGCACAGCUCUGCACUAUUGUCAUAAACAUUGCAAGCACAGGACGCACUAUCCUCUGGUAUUUGAGGAGCCAUAAGAAGAACCGCAUCAGUGGGGAACAUGACAGCUUCUUGCAGGACAGAUUGCUGUGGGACAAUGAGAACUCAUUCAAGGUUUCUGGUGGUGUUCUCAGAGCAGCUGCAUAUCGUGGAGCACCGCUUCUAGGUUUGAGAAAUGAGCGCUGAUGGGUGGGAUCUGAUCAUAAUGCAAGCUUGGUAUGAUGAGCAGUGGCUGCAGAACUUUUGGAUGUACACGGCCAUAUUCCUGGAUCUGUGCACCAAGCUCACCCAAGCCCUCCAGUGCAGGGAAACAAAAAAAGAGAACUUCACUGACCGUGGAAAAGUAAGUGGCAAUCACACUGUGGAAACUUACAAUGCCAGAUUGCUACCAGUCAGUGGGAAAUCAUUUUGGAGUUGGAAAAUCCACUGCAGGGGCUUUUGUCAUGCAAGUGUGCAGGGCCAUUAAUCAUCUCCUGUUAUCCAGGGCUGUGACUCUCAGCAAUGUGCAAGACAUAGAGGAUGGAUUUGCAGCAAUGGGGUUCCCGAACUGCAGUGGAGGAAUAGAUGGCAUUCAUAUCCCUAUUUUUGCACCUGGCCACUUUGCCACAGAGUAGAUCAGCAGAGAGGGCUACUUUUCUAUGGUUAUGCAAGCAUUGGUGGCUCACGGGGGAUGCUUCACCAACAUGAAUGUUGGCUGCUCAAGGAAGGUGCAUGUUUAAGAACACAGGACUUUUCAGAAAGCUACAACUGGCGAAUUACCAUUGGCAAUGUUGAAGUGCUAUUAGGCUUGGGGAAGACCCUGCUCCCUUGCCUCUUGAAGCCAUACACCAGCCACCUCAACAGCACCAAGGAACUAGCGCCCAAGCAGGCUGCCUGCAGUGAUCACCCUCCAGGCCCAGUGCUGAUGGUGCGAUGCAGGAUCUCAUUUAACAUGUUAUACCGAGUCCUCUUCUUUCUCAUCUGGCUCAGAUUUUCUGCAAGUGUGGAGAGGGACCCCUUAAAGGCCGCAGCAGCUGCAGAUAAAACACACAGAGAGGGACCAAUCCCUGCUCUGAGGAGAUCAAGAUGCAGUGCCCAUCAAGCUCAGAGGAGAGGGCAAGCAUAGGGUUUUCCUUGGGCAGCAGGAAGCACUUUCCCUGCUCAAGCGCCCGCGACGUGCCAACAAGGGAUUCCUGGAAGAGAUGCUCAAAGGCAACCUGGAACGGGAGUGUCUAGAGGAGAUAUGUAGCUAUGAGGAGGCCUUUGAAGCCCUCGAGUCCACUGUUCGCACGAAUGAAUUCUGGAGGAAAUACAGCGUAUGUGAAUCCCAGAGGAACCUCAGGACAGUUCUGGAUGAGUGUCUGACAGGAAACUGUGUCGCAGGCAGCGGGCAGAACUAUCGGGGGACAGUUUCUGUCACCAAGUCGGGGAUUGAAUGUCAGUUCUGGACAAGCAAAUUCCCUCACAUACCUGAGUUUAACACCACCACCCAUCCGAAUGCCAAUCUCACCAAGAAUUACUGCAGGAACCCAGACGACAACCCAAAUGGCCCCUGGUGCUACACUCGAGACCCAGCAGUGCGAUGGGAGGAGUGUGCUGUUCCAGUGUGUGGUCAGGACAAGACCACAGUUCCAUUUAUUCCCCGGGACACUCCACUGGACAAAACACAACAGCCAUGUGAAACGGACAAAGGGCUACAUUAUAGUGGGACUCUUUCUGUCACCGUCUCUGGGGCCAAGUGUUUGCCAUGGGCCUCAGACAAGGCAAAGGAGUUGUCACAUGGAACUACUUUUCUCCCAGAAGUGAAGCUGGUGGAGAAUUAUUGCCGGAAUCCUGAUGGGGAUGAUGAAGGUGUCUGGUGUUAUGUGGAUCAUCCAAAUACCACCUUUGAGUACUGUGACCUGCACUACUGUGCGAGGCCCCUGGAUGAGAUGGAUGCCGUAAUAGCAGGGCGGACCAUUACCCAACAGCACCAAACCUUCUUUGAUGUUAAGACUUUUGGUUCAGGUGAAACAGAUUGUGGCAUCCGUCCCCUGUUUGAGAAGAAAAAGAUUUCUGAUAAGAGUGAGCAGGAGCUGUUGGACUCCUACAUUGGGGGCCGGAUUGUAAAGGGGGAAAAUGCAGAAGUUGGAAGUGCCCCCUGGCAGGUGAUGCUUUUCAGGAAGAGUCCACAGGAGUUGGUGUGUGGUGCCAGCCUCAUCAGCGACCGCUGGAUCCUUACUGCUGCCCACUGCCUCUUUUACCCACCCUGGGACAAGAACUUCACCACAGAUGACAUCUUGGUGCGGAUUGGGAAGCACGAGAGAACAAAGUACGAGCGGCACAUAGAAAAAAUCUCCAUGCUGGAUAAAAUCAUCAUCCAUCCCAAGUACAACUGGAGAGAGAACCUGGACCGAGACAUUGCACUGAUACUCCUGAAGAAACCCAUAGUCUUCAGCGACCGCAUCCACCCUGUCUGCCUGCCCACCAGGGAGCUGGUGCAGAGUCUGAUGCUGACAGGAUUCAAAGGGCGGGUAUCUGGAUGGGGUAAUCUGUAUGAGACCUGGGUCUCUGGCACAGUCGCCCUGCCUUCAGUUCUGCAACAGGUGAACCUCCCCAUAGUCAGCCAGGAUACCUGCAAGGCAUCCACUAAUAUCAGACUCACUGACAACAUGUUCUGUGCUGGGUACAGUCCUGAAGACUCCAAGAGAGGGGAUGCUUGUGAGGGGGACAGUGGGGGCCCUUUUGUCAUGAAGAGCCCAACAGAUAACCGCUGGUAUCAGGUGGGGAUUGUCUCAUGGGGAGAAGGCUGUGAUCGUGAUGAUAAAUACGGAUUUUAUACACAUGUAUUCCGCUUGAAGAAAUGGAUGCUAAAAACCAUCAACAAAUAUGGGCAAUAAAGAAAGCAUCUGUCACAUCUCAACUCUUACAGCUGCUUUAAUUUGUAGCAAUAUGAACACUAAGGAACCUGAAGUAAAAUGGCUAGAAGCAUUCUCUGGCAACAUUGCCAAUAAAAUGGUUAUAGCAAGGA